UUCAUUGAAAAACCAACCAUUUAUGUGGAUAAUGAAUCAACGAUCAAGCUUUCCGAGAAUCCGCCUUACGAGUUCCACAAGAGGACAAAACAUAUUAGAAUUAAACACUUCUUUAUUCGAGAGUGCUUACAGAAUGGUGACUUCGUUUUGAAGCAAGUUUCCUCUGAUCUUCAAUUAGCGGACAUGUUUACCAAACCAUUGUUUGGACCGAGACUGACCAUGCUAAGUCAAAGAAUUGGACUUCAAGAUUUGUCCAAAUUCUAAAAAGUAUUGUGGAUGUGAAGAUAUGUAACCUCCUUUACAUACCUACUUGUUUGCUUAGCUAAUUUUUGGUAGUUGCCUAGCAAAGUUGUUUGACAUGUCUUCUUGACUCUGUUGACUUGAUAAUAUAAAAUAUUGAAUGAAGUAUGUUAUGAAUAUUAAGAGUUUAAUUUACAUUAGUAAUUAUAUUUCCGUGCACAUGAAGAAGUUUUUACAAAUAGAAUAAAACAAACUUCAUACCUAGCAACUAAAGACUAUUCUGUUUGUUGACUGUCUAAUGUGUCAUUGUGCAAAAGUUUAGAAGUGAACACUGUUAGUUUUGUGUGUGUGAUGUGUUUAGUGUAAUUGAGAACACUUGUGACUCCUAUCCGACGCUGCGUGGAACUACGCUAAGCUAAGCUAAGUGUUUAUUCAACUUUCGUUCGUAUAUAUUAUGUAGAUAAAGAUUAUUGCAGUAACAGAAUUUAGUAACCAACUAGGUAACAAGUUUUACUACUUAAAUUAUGGACAGGAAAAGUUUUCGAAUGUAGUAGUUAUGUUUCAGUAUUUUCGGCUGAAGUAUAUUUAAUUUAAGCUUUAGAGCAUAUUCAUGAUGAUUAUAUUACUAAAAAUAAGUUUUUGAUUCUAUCUGAUUCCAUGAGCGCUUAUAUGGGCUAUGCCUGAAUCAAAUGAUUAUUUAAUUUAAUUUAAUUUACAAGCGCUUAAAAUUAAAUGUCUGAUGGCCUAGUUGCCAAUGCUCGUAAUAAAAAAAAAAAUCUAGAACGUAGUGAUUAUGCUCUUUGGACAAUGACAAUCGUUUUCGUUUUGAAUUAAAUUAUAACGCUCUUUAAACGCUUUAUCUAUUUUGAUGAAAUUAACUCCAUGUAUUUGUGAUUAACUGAUUACACCAAAUCCUCAAGAUCGAAUUUAAACAAGGGUUGCACCUUAAAGAUGGCAGUAAACGUAUAUUCAACUAACGUGAGUUCGGAGAAUCUGUCUCGACAUGACAUGUUGGCGUGGGUGAACGGCUGCCUGCAGUCCAGCUUCGCCAAGAUCGAGGAGCUGUGCACAGGCGCCGCGUACUGCCAGUUCAUGGACAUGAUGUUCCCCGGCAGCGUGCCCAUUAGGCGCAUUAAAUUCAAAACAAAUCUAGAACAUGAGUACAUACAUAACUUCAAAAUUUUACAAGGUGGCUUUAAAAAAAUGAAUGUGGAUAAGAUAGUACCCAUUGAUAGACUGGUGAAGGGUUGUUUCCAUGAGAACUUAGAGUUUUUACAAUGGUUCAAGAAAUUCUUUGAUGCCAACAACGGACGCAGGAAUUAUGACGCGCUGGCCGCCCGAGGGGGACUCCCGAUGGGGCUCGGGGACUCCAAGAAGCCCGUGGUGUCCGUCGCCAGGGCGAGACCCCAAACCAUCGGCAGGGUCAACAACGCUACAGUGCUGUUGUCCUCUGUGAACCUCUUAAAUCAACGUGCGACAGGCGAGCCCACAGCUCUGGAUAAACUGACCCUUCAGGUAAACCAGUUAAAAACCACAUUAGAAGGAAUUGAGAAGGAAAGAGAUUUCUACUUCAGUAAAGUCAUGGAUAUCGAGGUGAUCUGUCAAGAAAUGAAGGACCAACAGAAUGGCCCAAUCAUUCAAAAAAUCCUCGACAUAUUAUAUGCGACUGAGGAUGGAUUCGCGCCUCUCGACGGGGACGACCAGUAAUUAACUAUUAUAUUGCUUAUCCAACACAUAUGUAGUGCUCAGUAUUUCACAGCCGAUGAGUCGUGACGGGUGUACAUUACAACAGUGCAAGAUUAACCUUUUCACUGGGUGUGAUGCGCUACGAACUUAGUUAUACUAUACUGGCAAGGUAUUUGUGAUGAAAGAAAACAUUCUCUGUUAGUGUACUUUAAUAAUAAUAAGAAUUUGUAAAAGAGACAUAAUAAUAUAAUCUCGUAGCCAGAAUUAUUCACCAGCAGCUUGCUCUCCUAUACGGCCUUGUGGACCACAAAGUGCCAUACUACAAGUACUUACCUGUGCCAGUUCUCGAAAAUGGCCAUGC